AUGGAUCUGACAGUCAACUUGGAGAUGGCAUUUCUAAGGUUGAAACGUCCACGGGUUGCUGACAUGACCGCCGCCCAGAUCUUGGCUUACUCAGGUGCCUGGCAGAGCCCUACAACGAAACGCGCAUCAAAGAAACAGAAUGACUUGCAUGCUGUCAACAACACUAUCGCAAAAACAAACAUUAAAUAUCCAUAUCCAGCGGAAAUACCACCUCAGAGCUGUAGACUUCUAGAAUGGAUAUUGCUCAAAGAUCCACCCGAUGGUGUCAUCCCCAACACUGACAGCGACGAACUUUUUGCUACCAUUCAAGAGAACCAGUUUUCGAACAAGGGAACGGAUCUGCAAUACCCUUCAGUCUUCUGA